AUGGAGGGCGCGGAUGACAGUGCCGCGGCGGCGACCCCUCUGCCGAACCUCACCCCCCGGCACCGGCAGCUCAUCCCCACGCCCUGCGGCCCCAUAAAACCUUGUUCAGAGCUAUCCUUUCCUGUGAAGAUCUACUUCUGUGUCACUAUUUUGUCUCUGCUAAGUGUAAUAGGGCUAACCAUAGAGACGCUUGUCCGACAGACUGAGGAAGAUUUCACCAUUUCUCUUAUUCAGUUAGUUGGAGUUGUGUUCUGUGUGUACUAUGUGACCAGAGGGAUCCUGCAGGAGAACCGCCAGGAGCUCAUCGUCUUUGUUCUUUCCAUCUUGCUAGUGAUGUUUCGUUCCAUUGUCAACUUCACUGUUCUCUCUGCUGAGCAAAAGCCCAAACUCCUGGCCCGCUUCAUCCUGAUCCUCUUGGUUGGCUCCUUUGAUGUGAUCUGUGCCAUCAUCCUCAUUCAGAGUCAAAGCAUGAUGGCCUUCCGAGUGGGUGGUGCUCUAGAAAGCCUGCAGUCACAGUACUUCAUGCUCAACCUCUGCUUUUCCAUGCUGACUUUUGAUCUUCAGGCACAGCUCUGCUUAUGUAUUCUGCUGAUAAGCCUUCAUGAGAUCAGCCUUCUACACAACAUCAUCUCAGCAACAGGGGUUCUGUGGGCCUGCCUGAAGGUGACCAUCAGCAUCAUUGCAAUUUUAAAAGAGCUGAAACCUCUGGUCUGGAUUUUUCUGAGUCAGAACAUACCUGAAGUGGCUUAUCUCAUCUACCUGCUUUACACGGUGAUAAAAGAGUGGGGCAAAGGGAAUUCCUACACUCUGGAAGCUGCUUUCAUUAUUGGCUCUUGCAUUUCUGUUGCAAUCAAGUCUGUUCUGUUUUGGGCACUGAUUCACGUCUACCGCAGCUUUGGACAGGGGCUGAGAGAAAGGAUGUUUUCUUCCUAUGGAAGGAUCGACUCCUGAGCAUCCCCUUUGUGCUCACUGCAGCUCUUAAAGAGUGAAAUCCCAGCUGGGGAAGUUCUGAUCAAGUACUUGCAUUGGGGAUGUAAGACAAUGGGCCAGUUUCAGAGGGGAAGAGGAAGUUGCUCAGAAAAAUAGCUCUGCAUUUCUUGGUUUGCUUUGUGCUAGGGAGCUGGAGCAGUGCAGCUGGUGACUGAGUGUGAAACGCAAAGCGCGCUGGGGACGCGAGCGGUAAUCCUCUGCAUGCAGUGAGCUGUGCUGGCAGGAGAAUGCAUCUCAGCUCUCCUCUUUUUCCUGCUGUUGCUCUGUGACUGCAGGAGGUUCACAACAUGCGAGUUGUUACUUAAACUGCUGAGUUUCUGGCUCUACACAAAGGUGAUGAUACUAACCUGCUCAGCCAUCCCACACACCCGGAGACUGGAAGUGGGCUGCCCUGCCCUCCUUUCUCAACUCACAUCUGUUGCUGAACAGAGGUCAAGCCCUGGAGCAGUUUCGAUGACAGCUGCAGACCCUAAUCUCCACUCUGGCUGUGUGGUGGCUUAACCCUUACAGAAUGGUUAGGGCUCUUGGUCCUCCUUGACUUCAGACUAUUCCAAUUAUUUUUAGUAUAUUUUUAAUCUCAACUACCCCCUGCAGCGUGUCUAACCAACGUGCCAUCUCAGACUCCAAGGGUGACUGUUAAACUAAGCCUUUAAUACUGGAAUUUAGAAGUUUGAUAUUCUCUUGACUGGAACCUUUAGCUAC